AUGGCCGACUCGAACUACCUCGCCCUGCCGGGCUCUGUUGCGUUCUCUCGCUCUCGAGGACGCGCUGUCGCUGCUUCCAUCGGUGCUCUCGACGUCCGUGCCCAAUGGAUUCAUUACGUCCACGCUACCGAGCGUUUGGCCUCGUCUCAACAAGACGUCCUCGAACAGCUCCUCCGUUACGGUGACAUCAACGAUAUCCCUCCCACUUUCAGCGAGAAGGACGGAGAAUUCGACGUUUUCUACGUUUGCCCGCGAACCGGAACCAUCUCUCCAUGGAGCUCGCAAGCCACCGGUAUUGCCCACGUCUGCGGCCUCAACAAGUACGUCAAGCGAAUCGAGCGUGGAAUGAAGAUUUCUUGCCUUCGCCCCCAGAAUGGAGAAUACAAGUCGGGAUUCAAGGACAUUCUGCAUGAUCGAAUGACCCAGCUUAUCGGCCAGGAAGAGCCCGAUUUGCACCUGAUGUUCUCCGAGCACAGCCCGUUGCCACUCGAAACCGUUCCCCUCACUGGCAGUGAUAAGUCGCCAAAGGAGGUAUUGCAAGAAGCGAACAAGCGCAUGGGACUGGCAUUGGAGGAAUCUGAAAUUGAUUAUCUUGCCGAAGCCUAUGGCCCCAACGGCCCCCUCGCCCGUGACCCUACCGACGUCGAGCUCUUCAUGUUCGCUCAGGUCAACUCGGAGCACUGCCGUCACAAGCAGUUCAACGCGUCUUGGACAAUUGACGGGAUGGAGAUGCCGAACAGUCUUUUCUCGAUGAUUCGAAACACCCACCGAAAGAAUCCUGAAUACACUGUCAGCGCAUACAGCGACAAUGCUGCCGUACUUGAGGGCUUUGAGUCAUCUUUCUGGGCUCCCGACGCUACCACUGGGGAGUGGAACCAUACAAAGGAAAUCGUCCACUUCCUCGCCAAGGUGGAGACCCAUAACCAUCCUACUGCAGUCUCACCUUACCCCGGUGCUGCGACCGGAUCAGGUGGUGAAAUCCGUGACGAAGGCGCUGUCGGACGAGGCUCCAAGCCCAAGGCUGGUCUUUCCGGUUACUGUGUCUCCGACCUCCUCAUCCCAGGCUUGGAACAGCCAUGGGAGUUGAAUGUCGGUAAGCCGAACCAUAUUGCUAGCGCUCUCGACAUCAUGCUCGAAGCACCCAUCGGAAGUGCCGCUUUCAACAACGAGUUCGGUCGGCCCUGUAUCUCUGGUUACUUCCGUACUCUUUUAACGGAGAUCGAUGUUGGAAAUGGUGAGAAGGAGGUGCGCGGAUACCACAAGCCCAUCAUGAUUGCUGGCGGUGUUGGAACAGUCCGACCCCAACACGCGAUCAAGAAGCCUGAUGCCGUCAAGCCCGGUGCGUUCCUUGUGGUUCUCGGCGGCCCCGCCAUGCUCAUCGGUCUCGGAGGAGGUGCUGCCUCCAGUAUCACCUCCGGUGAAGGGUCUGUCGACCUCGACUUUGCCAGUGUGCAGAGAGGCAAUGCCGAAGUCCAGAGAAGGGCUCAAGAGGUCAUCAACGCUUGUACCUCCAUGGGCGAUAACAACCCAAUCAAGUUCAUUCACGAUGUUGGCGCCGGCGGUCUCUCCAACGCACUCCCCGAGUUGAUUCACGACUCAGGCCUAGGCGCCACAUUCGAACUUCGUGAAAUUGACAGCGCAGACAGGAGUAUGAGCCCCAUGCAGAUCUGGUGUUGCGAGGCCCAAGAGCGCUAUGUCAUGGCUGUUGGUGAGGAGAGCAUGAACAAGUUCACUGCUAUCUGUCACCGAGAACGUUGUGGCUUCUCCGUCGUCGGCCGCGGCGCUGGAUCGUCAGAGCAAGAGGAAAAGAAACUCAUCCUCCUCGACAGAGAGUCCAAGGACCACGCAACCGUCAUUGACAUGCCCCUCUCAGUGCUGUUCGGAAAGCCACCCCGGAUGACUCGCACUGUUGACUCCCGCAAGCUGAAACUUCCCACCGUGGACUCCAGCCUGACCACCUACCUCCCGUCGCUUGCUGCUAACCGCGCGGAGCUCAUCGGCGAAGCCGCCAAGAGAGUCCUCUCCCUGCCAGCUGUCGGUUCCAAGUCUUUCCUCAUCACCAUUGGCGACCGAACCGUCGGCGGUCUCACUGCCCGCGACCAGAUGGUUGGUCGUUGGCAGACUCCCGUUUCCGACGUUGCUGUCACUGCCACUGCUCUGGCUCAGGGCCUGAAGACUGGUGAGGCCAUGGCGAUGGGCGAAAAGCCCACACUCGCACUGAUCUCUCCUGGAGCUUCUGCUCGCAUGGCCGUUGCUGAGUCGCUCAUGAACCUUGCCGCUGCUGAUUUGGUUGACCGUUUGAGCCGCGUCAAGCUUUCCGCUAACUGGAUGUCCGCCAGCAGCCACCCUGGAGAGGGUGCCGCUAUCUACGAGGCAGUCGAGGCGAUCGGUAUGCAUUUGUGCCCUCAACUUGGCAUUAGCAUCCCGGUCGGUAAGGACUCCAUGUCCAUGAAGAUGAAGUGGAAGGAUGAGUCCGGACCCAAGGAAGUCACUGCUCCCAUGUCUUGUGUGAUUACCGCCUUUGCACCAGUCCAGAACUUCCGCAAGACUUGGACCCCUGCGCUCCGCCACCCCGAGGAUGUCGGUGACACUGUUCUCAUGUUCGUUGACCUGUCCUUUGGACGCAAGGCUCUUGGUGGAUCUGCCCUCGCUCAGGUCUUCAACCAAGUUGGUUCCGAGUGCCCAGAUAUCCGUGACAUCGAGAUCUUCAAGGACUUCUUCGAUGCCACCCAACAGCUCCAGGAGGCAGGCAUUGUCCUCGCCUACCACGACCGCUCAGACGGUGGUCUUUUCACAACCCUCGCCGAGAUGAUGUUCGCUGGUCGCUGCGGUCUGGAGAUCAUGCUCGACGGCAUCUGCCCUGACCUCAAUACCAGCAGCUUCGUCGAGACCCUGUUCAACGAGGAACUUGGAGCCGUCUUCCAAGUGCGCAAGGAACACGAGAUGCAAUUCCGCUCCUGCUUCGCAACCUGCGGCCCACCCGCCGGCCUCAUUCACAAGAUCGGCCGCGUCUCCGAGCGCCCCAAGCAGAACCUCGCCAUCUACUACAAGGCCAGCGUCGUCUACCGCAACACCCGCGCCAACCUCCAGCAAACCUGGGCCUCAACCUCCUACCACAUGCAGAAGAUGCGCGACAACGCCGCCUGCGCCGACCAAGAGUUCGCCAACAUCCUCGACGAUGCCGACCCCGGUCUUUCCUGGAACCCCACCUUCGACCCCAAGGACCGCGCCCAGCCCUUCCUCUCAAGCCUCACCUCCCUCUCCCCCUUCGCCAACAAGCCCCGCGUCGCCAUUCUCCGCGAACAGGGCGUAAACAGCCAAGCCGAGAUGGCCUUUGCCUUCAACACCGCCGGCUUCGCCGCCGUCGACGUCCACAUGACAGACAUCAUCUCCGGCCGCGUCUCGCUUUCCUCCUUCGUCGGCCUCGCCGCCUGCGGCGGCUUCUCCUACGGCGACGUUCUCGGCGCCGGACAGGGCUGGGCCAAAUCCGUGCUCCUGCACGAAGCCACCCGCGCCGAAUUCCAGUCCUUCUUCCAGCGGCCCGACACCUUCGCCCUGGGCGUCUGCAAUGGCUGCCAGUUCCUCUCCCGCCUCUCAUCGCUCAUCCCCGGCGCUGAGAACUGGCCUACGUUCGAACGCAACGCCUCGGAGCAGUACGAGGGUCGUGUCGCCAUGGUCCGCAUCUCUGAUCCCGACCCGUCGAAGCCCUCCGUCUUCCUGCACGGCAUGCAUGGUUCCUCUUUCCCUAUUGCCGUUGCGCACGGCGAGGGCCGCGCUUCGUUCAUCGCGUCCCCGACGGACCCGCAGUCCUUCGUUGCCAGUGGCCUCGCACCGGUCCGCUACGUCGAUAACGCUACCCUCAAUCCGACCAUGAAGUACCCCUUCAACCCCAACGGUAGCCCUGAGGGUAUUGCUGGUGUGCGUAGUGCUGAUGGUCGUGUCUUGGCAAUCAUGCCUCAUCCUGAGCGUACUGUCAUGAACGGUAUUGCGAGCUGGUUGCCAGCUAAGGCCGAGGAGUGGGGUGAUAUUGGGCCCUGGGGCAGGGUCUUCUUCAGUGCGAGACGCUGGGUUGGUUAG